UUUCCACUGAUCGCGUGAUGGAGAAGGAUGCACAAUUAGGUCUCUGGUUUCCCUGCUUAACAUUCUCUUCACUCAUUGCAAUAGUUAUUCGAUGGGCUGUUUCUUUGCAUCCAUACUCAGGAGAGAGGAAGCCUCCCAUGUUUGGAGACUUUGAGGCGCAGAGGCACUGGAUGGAAAUCACGGUUAAUCUGCCAGUGUCAGAAUGGUAUUUCAACAGCUCAAAGAAUGAUCUAAUGUACUGGGGUCUAGACUACCCUCCACUAACAGCAUAUCAUAUGCAACUAUGUGGCACGAUAGCGGAGAAAAUAAAUUCAACAUGGGUUGCUUUGUACUCGUCACGAGGCUUGGAGAGUUAUGAUCUCAGACUGUUUAUGAGAUACACAGUACUUGUUGCUGAUGUCCUCGUUUACUUUCCUGCUGUCUGCGUCUUUUGCAAGUUGUUUUGCCAGAGUACUAACACAAUGUACAAGGCAGUCGUUGCAUUAGUGAUGCUGCUUCAACCAUCACUGAUUCUCAUCGAUCACGGUCAUUUUCAAUACAAUUGUGUUAGUCUUGGUCUGACGUUGUGGGGAGUCGUUGGCCUCGGAUGUGGUCACGACUUACUUGGAUCGAUUGCGUUCACUCUCGCUCUUAACUACAAACAAAUGGAACUAUACCACGCCAUUCCUUUCUUCUGUUACUUGCUUGGAAAGUGUCUGCAUGAAGAUACGUUCUACAGGAAGUUUGUCAAGUUGGGUUCGAUUGGGUGUGCUGUCUUGGCUACAUUUUUGCUAUGCUGGUUUCCUUUCCUUACAAGCAAGGAAAUGGUAAUGCAAGUGGUUCAUCGAGUGUUCCCAUUUGCCAGAGGCUUAUUUGAGGACAAAGUUGCUAAUUUUUGGUGCACACUGUCACUGAUUGUUAAGAUGAAGAAUGUCAUGUCUCAAGCAAAGCUUGUUCAACUAGCGUUUGCAACAACUUUUGUCUUGGUCGUUCCUUCGUCCUUAAAUUUGCUUAUGAAACCAACGUUUAAACGAUUUUUGAUCGGUUUGGCUAAUUCUUCGUUAGUAUUCUUCCUGUUCUCAUAUCAAGUCCACGAGAAGUCGAUUCUCUUGGCAGCUCUUCCUCUUAUUCUUCUCUUACCCAACUGUUCGUUUCCCAUCAUGUGGUUUCACACGGUAGCAACAUUCAGUAUGUCUCCCCUACUGCUCAAAGACGGCCUCCUAAUAGCCACAACUUCUCUAUUAGUCAUAUUUGUGACAGCAACACUCAAUGUAUUCAAUCCCCUUCAAAGUACGAGGACAAAAUUCACGUAUGUGGCAUCGUGUUUGGGAAUGGCAUCGUUACAGUUUGGGCUAAGCUUUGUGACACCCCCAGAGAAGUAUCCUGACCUCUUCCAGGUCCUUAUCUCAGCAUAUUGCUGUGCACACUUCCUAAUCUUUCUCGCCUAUUUCCAUUACCUCCAGUUUCGUUUUGACUCAUCUGCUGUCAUCUAUUGGUCGCCCAAUGAACAGACAGUAGCAGCAGAUGUCGAUAAAAAGACACUCUGACAUACAACUCUCA